UGGACUUAUAUGGCGCCCUGAUGGCUCCAUGGCGAUAGAGCGCAUCCGCAUGGACAUUCGCAAGGUGGACGCUGUCUUUGUGGGCACCGGGGACCUCUUUGCCGCCAUGCUCCUGGCGUGGACACACAAGCACCCCAACAACCUCAAGGUGGCCUGUGAGAAGACUGUGUCAGCCAUGCACCACGUUCUGCAGCGGACCAUCAAGUGUGCAAAAGCCCAGGCCGGGGAAGGCCGCAAGCCCAGCCCGGCCCAGCUGGAGCUGAGGAUGGUCCAGAGCAAGAGGGACAUUGAGAACCCGGAGAUUGUUGUCCAGGCCACGGUGCUGUGAGGGCCUCCUGGGCCCACCCGCUGACUGACACAGUGUGUCGGCGUCUCCCUCUCCAUCCCUGUGAGAAAUGUAACGUCUGCCUUAGAGCUGUGACCUACACUUGGUAUUUUUUUUCUGUUGUGUGUCCAGCAUCAACUGGUCUUAAUUGUGAAAACAUGCCAGUCGUGCUUUUUAAAAAUAACAGAGUGAUCACAGAAAUCUGUAACUUGCAGACCCAGGUCCCCUCCCCGACAGAGGCUCCUGGGCCUCCCUGGAAAACCAGCUUGGUGGUCACCCUCUUGGGGGCAUACUCCCCAGCUGGGGAGGGACAUGGUGGGAGGGGCCGCUGCCCCCAGAGGGCCACAUGGACUCCCACCAUUGCAUUUACCCUGUGCAGCUUGAGCUGGGCCCUUGGCUGCAGUCGGGUGUGGGCUGUAUCUGUGUGUGUCUGAGAAGGAGUUUUGUGUUCACCGUUUGCAUCCGGGUGAAUUAUGCCAAAUGCCUUUGUUGUCAUUCUGA